UUCUAGAGUAAUAGAGGAGGAAAUGGAGACAUAUAUUUUAGCAACAUCCUCAAGCUCAUCCAGUCUGCUGAGAGGACAGAGAGAGAGCUGAGGACUCUGGUUGAAGAGGCAGAAAAGGGUCUCCAGACAAAUAGAGAAGGGAGAGACACACAGAUGAAAUGAAGAUGUAUAACAGUAAGAUUUGGUUUGGGCUUUUUGCCAUCUUGGGAAGUUUGGCGGGUCGUGACUGUAGACCUGCUUCAGGUUCACUGGAAGCCAUGCAGUUAGGGGACUUCAUGUUUGGAGGACUCUUUCCAGUUCACCAAAGCUUCAAGAUCGUCAACAUGACCAGCAAUCCUAUUGAAAACGUGUGUGAAACCUUCACCGUAUCCAGGUUGAUCCAAUCUCUGGCGAUGACUGAAGCGGUGGAGGCCAUCAACAAGUCCCCCAUGCUGAAUGGUCUCACAUUAGGCUACAAGAUCAUGGACACGUGCUCUGAUGUGACCACUGCUCUUCAACACACCGAUAUCUUCAUGGAUAAAAAUUGUGGCAGCACUAAUUCAUUUUUUCAGGCUGUUAUUGGAGAGUACCAUUCUGAGGUUUCCAUCGCUGUGGCGAGGUAUCUCACCAUGGGUUAUAUGCCACAGAUCAGUUAUGGUUCAACAGCUGGGGUUUUAAGCGACAAAAAACGUUUUCCGACAUUCAGGAGGACUGUCCCGGAAGAUGACCACCAGGCUAAAGCAAUCACCAAAAUUUUGAAGUACCACAACUGGACUUGGAUUGGCAUAAUAGCCACAGACGGAGAUUACGGCCGCUACGCCGCAGACCAACUUGAGGCGCAGGCCAAUAAACAAAAUAUUUUUGUGUCAUACCGAGUUGUGCUCCCUGAUUUUCUCAACGAUGAAAGCUUAGAUUCCAAACUCAAUGAAACUAUUCAAAAAAUCGCAAACACCUCAAAAGUUCAAGUCAUUGUGUCUUUUGCCAAAUCUCACCACAUGUCUCGUUUGUUCGAUAAACUCACUCCAACGCAUCUGGACGUUUCUGGAUCGCUGGGGAUAGCUGGUCGACGUCACUCAAUGUGCUAG